CACAAAUUAAUUCAAAGAUGUGAACAAAGUGGUGUUUUGAGGUGCACCACGAGUACAUUCAGCAUAUUUGAUAUUCAAAUACAAUAUUAAAUUUUGUUGGAGCAUAUGUGAUUAUUGGCAUCGUCAUGGACAUGUGUGUGCAGAUUCACAAACUAUCGCCAGCCCUGUCUUCUAUGCCUCGUGCAAAUUAUAUCGCGAAUUCCAUAAAAAAUGUUUUCAAAGCUACCCAAAUCUCCAGUCGAUUUUUACCUGCUCAAAUCUCGAUUGGUACCAGAAAAAACACAAGUAGAUUGAAACUCUGUGAUAUUAGUACCAGAUGCUUGCCUUCCUCCAAACUGGAAGUUAUGAAAGAAUCGGAUUCUUUUUUCACCACUGACUCCAGACCCAUCAUGUUAUUUGAUGGUGUAUGUAAUUUGUGCAAUGGAGGUGUCAAGUUUAUCCGUGACAAUGAUCCGAAAAAGAAUAUCAGAUAUGUAUCACUUCAGAGUGAAUCUGGCAGGAAGCUGUUGGUAAGAUCUGGAAGAUCACCAGAUGACAUUUCUAGUGUGGUACUUGUUGAAAAAGAUAAAUCAUUUAUCAAGUCAGAAGCAGUACUGCGAAUUUUUGCUUACCUGGAUUUACCUUAUCCUCAGCUAGCAACGUUUUUGUAUCUUUUUCCAUUGCUACUGAGAGAUGUAGUAUAUGAUAGUGUUGCCAACAAUCGUUAUGACCUUUUUGGAAAAGCUACUGAAUGUGAAAUAAGUGAUUUACCCUCUUAACCACAAUCUGAUUAAAACAUUUAGGUUAGCUUUAUGCCGGUUAGGAUAUGGAAAAUUAUCCAUGAUAUGUAUUCCUUCCAUAUUUUUUAUGGGUUAGUUUUCUUAGGAAUUAUUCUAUUGGUACAAAUACUUAACUGUAAUAUACUUUUUCUUGAUACAUUUCAUAACACUUCAUCGACUUCAAUUUGAAAAUAUCAUCUCAGCUUGGAAGUAUGUGCUAUUCAUUUCUA